AUGGACAGUCAAACUAAUUUAAAGACAAAAAUAUGUAAACAAAUACAAAACGACUUUAAGAAAUAGUUUUAUUCAGAUGAUGAUGCUGAAGUAACACCUAAAAGACCUUUUAUAGCAAAACCUUCUAAAUUUUCAAAAGGAGAAGGAUAACCAUUUUAAACUGACGACUCUGAUAAUACACCUCUUAAGUUAUUUUCCUCUAAUUCACCUAAAGGAUAAAAUAAAUUAUCAAAAUUUAAGUAAAAGGAGAGUCAUAUAGAAAAAGAUUCUGAUAUAUAAUUUGACUCUAACGAAGAUGAAAAAAAAGAAUAACCUGAAAUAAUUUAAAAUAAUCAAAAAACUGAUCCAGAAUGUGCUAUUUAGUAGAUGUCAAGAUAAAUGGAAUUAAAAUAUCAAAAUCCUAAACCAGCCUUUCAACAUUUACCGAUCUAAAAGUCAAAUUCAUCUAAGUAAGUUGUUACAAAGCAUCUCAAUAUUAAAGAGCAUCAAUUUAGACAUUUAGUUUAUGGCAAAAACAUUAAUUAAAAUGACUUUUUAAGAUUUUUAUAAAUAGUAUAGAGUGGAUUGCUAUAUGCACGCAAUUCUUUAAAAGGUCCAUCUGAAAAAUUUUUAAGAAGCAGAUUUAUUAGACUUAGAGAAUCAAAUCAAAAAAAGUCAAAAUUAUUAAUUCUAGAUUUGGAUGAAACUUUAAUUCAUAGUUGUACUUCUAGAGACUCUCCUUAAGUUACAAUCACUCUUUAAGAAGAUGAAGAUAAAUUUGAUGUAAUAUUAUAAAUAUUACAUUCUAGUUAUGUUUCAAUGUUAGGCCGUUUUGCAAAGAAUUUUUAAAGGAAAUGUCUAACUAUUACAAUAUUUAUUUAUUUACAGCUUCAUCAGAACUAUAUGCUAAUGCAAUUGUUAAUCAUUUAGAUCCUAAAAGAUAGUAUAUAAAUGAUAUUUUGUGCAGAAACAAUUGUUUUGAAACCAAAAAUGGUUUUUUUAUAAAGGAUUUAAGAAUUAUAACAAAUAGACCUCUUAAAGAUAUAGUAAUUGUUGAUAAUUUACCUCAUUCAUUUGGAUUAUAAUUAGAAAAUGGUAUUCCUAUUUUAGAAUAUUUAUAUGAUUCAAAAGAUGAAGAAUUGAAAUAUUUAUAAAAUUAUCUAAUUCAAUUAAGUAAAGAAGAGGAUGUAAGACCUUUUAAUAAAGAAAACCUAAAAUUAUUUGAUUUAGUUGAUUAUAAACUAAAUAUCUGA